GAUUGAUAUGACACGUUUCAACGAACUCACUGCUCAGUUUGACAAAUACACAAUUAACAUCAACAAGCACCAGGAACAGAUUCAACUGCAACAACAACAGCAGCAACAACAACAACAGUUUGCAGCUAUGUCUGCUGCAAGAGCCACUCCAGGCAACUAUCAUUACAGUGUUCAAGAGCCAGUUUCUCCCGUGUCCAUGAACUCCGAGUCCUCUCCAAUAUACAACUCAGGUAUCACCCACCAAUCUCCUUGGGCUUAUCAACAGUUGUAUAACAACGCUGGAUUUGGUAGCUACGGUCACCAGAAGAGUUAUUCUUGGCAAGUUGAUCAGUUUGAACCAAGUUAUUAUUGUUCAAAAACUGGUCUUCAACACAAGAGCCAAUUCUGUUCUUGUACCUACUGCUCAUCUUCGGUUAGAGGAGUUGAAUGGAACUCAAGAUUGGGUACCGCUUGUUGAUUGUUAUUCAUCCUAUUUGUCUACACUAUACUACUAAUACUUGCUUUCUUUCCAAAAUAUCUGAAAACAAAAAAAAAAAGUAUUCUUAUACACACAUACAUCAAAAGUUUUUUAUGCUGCUUCUUGUGACUUCACUCUUUUAUUUUUUAUGCUUUUUUGGUUUAUUCAUCUCUCUGUGUUUGGUUUGUUUGUCGAUUUUGAUUCCACUUAACUGUUGGAGUUUCCUUUAUCAACGAACUUGACAUAUCUUGUCUUUUCUAUAUAUGUUGUCGAUCGUCUUUUACUUUUUUUCCAAGGUCGAUGUCAUCGUUAUACUCAAACGAGGCUCUUUUUCUUUUUUUUUUCUACCUUGAUA